AUGGCUAUUAUUCUAAGAUUUGUUGAUGGUCAAGGAUUUAUUCGUGAGCAUUUUUUCGACAUUGUGAGUGUUGCAAACACUAAUGCCUUGACUCUUAAAAAAGAGAUAUGCAAAGUGCUUGGUAAUAAUGGCAUUCUAGUGGAAAACAUGCGUGGUCAAGGGUAUGAUGGUGCUAGUAAUAUGCGUGGUUCAUGGAAUGGAUUACAAGCAUUGUUUCUUGAAGAUUGUCCAUAUGCAUAUUAUGUGCAUUGUUUUGCUCAUCGCUUGCAAUUAGCAUUAAAUGGCGCAGCUAAAGAUGUGAAAGUUGUAUGGAGAUUUUUUUUAAUGCUGACUAACAUUGUGAAUUUUGUAAGUGCUUCUGCUAAGCGCCGUAAUGAGUUAAACUUAAUUCGAAAAACUGAACUCAAGGAGUUGUUGGAUUCUGGAGAACUUGAGACGGGUAAAGGACUUAAUCAAGCUCGUACUUGGAAACGAGUUGGAGCAACUCGUUGGGGAUCUCAUUUUGCCUCUAUUACAAGUUUGAUGAGUCUAUUUAAAGAGACUAAAUUACUUCUUUUGGAAAUUAGUGAUCAUGGACCUAACCAACAGUUUCGUGGCGAUGCAGAAGAGUAA